CUUUCUAUCUCUUCAGGAGAGACCCGCCACUUUUGGAAUUCAUUGUAUACAAAAUACACCUCCCUUCUCAGAUUUAAUUACUCGUUUCCAUUUUUGCUUUCAUACUUUCGAUUUAUUCAAGUUCCGACACACACAAGCACCCUUGACAUCGCACCUCUAAAACACACAAGAUGCCUGACAUUAACACAUUUAAUGGAGCAUCUGCAGAAGAAGGACCAGUGACAGAGAAGCAAUUCGUCACCGAUGGACUCCUUCCCCAAGAGCAAGUCGGUCGACUUCGACCUUCAGACCCGAACCUACCUAUCGAGGAACUACGGGAGCGUCUAGAGAAAGACAACUACCUCUUCCUGAAAGGACUGCUACCUCAACAAGACGUUUUGAAAGCCCGAGAGGAGUAUUUCAAAUUCUUGUCGCCAAGUGGUGUCCUCAAACCCGGCACUGAGCCAGUCGAGGGCAUUUUCGACCUGGGUAAAGACAUUGCCGGCUUCCCCGGGAUAGGUGCUGGAGAGACCGGUGAGAAUGGACGACCUGGGGGCAACCAAGCAGCUGUGUUCGUUGAUCUCGCCUUGCAAGCACACACCGAAGACUGGUAUGCAGAAGAUUUCUGCAAGCAUCCUGCCCUGAGCAGCUUCAUCGCAAAGCUCACCGGAUGGGGUGAUAACACCAUGAUGUUCCGAAGGUCAUUGCUCAGGAACAAUAUCCCUGGUGCACAUGCCAUCGGCGUCCAUUAUGACCAGAUAUUUUUGAGACACGGGGACAUCUCUAAUAUCACAGCGUGGUGCCCGAUGGGAGAUAUAAAGCUUACAGGUGGCGGCUUGAUAUACCUCGAGGACAGUAAACUGAUUGGCCAAGAGAUCGAAGCUGAGUUCUUUCGGAAAGCCGAAAAGGCUGGCUUCACAGAUGAGGAAGCCAAGAACGCAUUCAACAGCAACAUGAUGGCUACAGGACUUCUCUCGGAAAGCCCUUCGGCGUUUGCCACACAGUUCAAUCGACGUUGGCUAGUCAGCUCCUAUGAAGCUGGAGACGUUGUGCUACACGAUGCCUUUGCUAUCCACGCUUCAACAAUAAAUCAUGACCCAGAAGGGGUCAUUAGAUUGGCAACAGAUCUGAGAUUCUGUGAUUCAUCGAGGCCCUAUGACAAGAGAUGGUGUAACUUCUAUCGAGUGGGAGACGGGGUUUAAUAGCUAAUGCCUCUGGAAGUUAGCAGUUUUCUUGACAGCCCAGCCCUGUUCUUGAUGAAAUUGUUUUCGUUUUCGUUUUGGACGUCCCUUGAGGCGCACAAUCACCGGCCAAUCAAAUGUCCUUGGUCAACUGUCAAAAGUGAUCAUCUCUCCCUGUUGCUUUUCCCUGUUUUUCUGCUUCCCAUUCCUUCUCAUCAGCAGGGUUCGGACAUCUUGAACUCCGAAAUUCGCGGUGAAGGUUCUCGGAGUUGGCUAUGUUACACACAGCCCCUCAUUUGUCAAAAGGGGCUUUUAAUGAUUACUGAACCCCUUCGCCUCUUCUUUGCAAAAUAAGCUCGAUCACAGUACAUUUUUUCGAUCACCGGAACUAUGAGACAUCAUGCAAAGGCAUGCGCGCC